AUUUUUUUGAAGAUACAGAUAGAUAGUUAGCCGGUCAAAUUAAUUGCGUAAUAAUUUAUCCCGAAUCAGAUUGAAUAAUAGCAAGUCAAUGCUCUCCCAUCCCAUCCCACCCCCCAAAUCCAACCCGCGCCUCCGAUUUGCCCCGCCAUCAAAUUCAACUUCAACUACGCAGUACAACUACAACUACAACUACAACUACAACUACAACCAACCUCCAAUUUAUUUUGCACUGUGGACUCAAUCACCAGUCCAAUUGCUGAGCUGUCAUUGUCCUUUUGCUAUAUAUCCUUACACUAGCCCUGUUUCGUUAUUGUAUAUAUCUUAUUUAUCUCCAACUUUUUUAUUGAGUCACACUUAGUGCGCUUGUUAUAUAUACUACGGUGAUUGCGCGGUGCAGGACAUUGAUAGCACCAAAGAUAGAGAGAAGAGACAGACAAGAUGGUUACUAUUGUUCUAGGUGCACAGUUUGGUGAUGAGGGCAAAGGAAAAAUCACAGAUCUCCUUUCUCAAUCUGCCACACUUUGUUGUCGAGCAGCUGGUGGACACAAUGCGGGCCACACAAUCGUUCAUGAUAACAUAACCUAUGACUUCCACAUACUUCCCUCCGGCCUCAUCUCGCCCGACUGCGUCAACCUCAUCGGGAGCGGAACCGUGGUGCAUGUGCCCAGUUUCUUCAAGGAACUCGAUGCGCUAAAAGCGAAGGGACUGAAGGAAGCUGAUAAGCGAAUAUUCAUCAGUGAUCGGGCGCAUGUCUGCUUUGAUCUGCAUUCCGUUGUCGACGGGUUGGAAGAGGCAGAUUUGGCAGGGAAGAAGGUCGGGACUACGGGGAAGGGUAUUGGGCCUUGCUAUAGCGAUAAGGCAUCUAGAAGAGGCGUGCGGAUUGGGGAGGUGUUGGAAGAGGGUGUGGCGGAGGAUAAAUUGCGGAGUCUGGAGGCGGGCUAUCGAAGGCGGUUUGGAGAGUUGCAGUAUGAUCUUGAAGAUGAGGUUAAGAGGUUUAACGAAUACCGCACAAAACUCCAACCCUACGUCGUCGACCAGAUGGCCUUCCUGGAAAAAUACCGCUCUUGUCCAUCCGUCCUAGUCGAGGGUGCAAACGCCCUCAUGCUCGACAUCGAUCACGGCACCUAUCCCUACGUAACCUCCUCCUGCACAGGUCUAGGCGGCGCCAUCCAGGGCCUAACCCUCAACCCAACCUCCAUAAAAUCCAUCGUCGGCGUUGUAAAAGCGUACACUACCCGCGUAGGCUCCGGCCCCUUCCCCACCGAACAGAUCAACGACAUCGGCGAAAAGCUGCAAUCCGUCGGACGCGAAUUUGGCGUCACAACCGGCCGACGACGCCGCUGCGGCUGGCUCGAUAUGGUCAUGUGCCGCUACAGCAAUGCCAUCAACCACUACACCACCAUCAACCUCACCAAGCUGGAUAUUCUGGAUGACUUCGAUGAGAUUAAGGUUGCGGUUGCGUAUAAGCUGGACGGGAGGCGGUUGGAGUCGUUCCCUGCGCAGCUGGAGGUGCUGGAUAAGGUUGAGGUGGAAUAUGUGACUUUCCCUGGGUGGAAGUCGAAUACCAUGGGUGUUACUAGGUGGGAGGACCUGCCGGUGAAUGCGCGGCGUUAUGUCCAGUUCAUUGAGCAGGAGAUGGGCGGUGUACCUAUUAAGUGGAUUGGGACUGGCCCAGCGCGGACCCAUAUGAUUGAGCGCGAGGUAUAACCCACGCCUCUCCAGGCAUGUACCAUUUUAUUUCUGGGAACGCUUCAUUCUAGUUUACCGUACCGCUGUUUCAUUAUUCUACAAUAUAUCCUUUGUUUUUAUCUGAUGGGUUUUGGUUUCCCCUUCAUGCCCCUAUCCAUAUAGAUAUCUUUUGGUUUGUAUCGCUUACUCUUAGAAUUCCCCUUUGCUUUCCCUUUCUUUCUUUUUCUUUUUCUUUUUCUUCUUUUUGUUUGAGAUUUUUUUUGUCCAGAGUAUCACAGCGCCUAUCGAAUACGUGUGCUAAAACUUCUUUCCCAGUUUCUCUCCAGUUUUCUUCUGCUUAUAUCCUAUUUUCCUUGGGAUUGUUUACACUGUUUAGAUCAUCUCUGUCUUCACGUUUCCAGGUUUAAUCUUGUAUAGAGUAAUGGUCUGAAGAUAUUAUUAUCAUGAAAAGCAGGGUGAGGGGGUCAUCAUCCUGGAUAGACCUAGAUUGGGGAUGCAUACAUAUAUCAGGUGAGGAACGGAGUAUCGUCACAAUCAAAUGCAAAGCCGUCUUCUAACAUUCCAAACAUGUGGUAAUUGAACCAAAACUCAAGAAUAUGAAAAAUGGGAAAACGGAAUAAAUCCAAAACAAGGUAUUUAAACGACACUCCACUUAAUCGGGACUUAAAUCACCCUGCCCUAUCCUCCGCUGUGGCUCAUUAACAGCGGGCAAUGUGAAGCCCUUCGAAUCCGCCAUAAUGGCUUUCCGACUAGCCAUAGCACGCUCCUGGCGUGACAACAGGUCAGUAUCGCGCUUAUACUGUCGCUCAUUCGCAGCCUCCAGCUCCUUCAGCCUGCGGGAUUCAGCUUGCACCCGCCCGUCAAACACACCCUGUUGGAUUGCCGCGGAUGCCUUUUGGUACUCGAUCUGUAGCCUACCUUCCUCCUUCGUGGCCUCGAGCCGAACCUGGUUGAGGGUGCGCUGUUGCUGGAGAUCUGAAUUUCGCUGCUGGUCCGCUAUCCAUUGGCGCUGUGCAGCUGCGGUGGCUUCUAGGCGUAGUUGUAGCGCUGCAGAGUUGGCUGUGGCUGCGUCGCGGUUUUCUGCUACUUUGCGGUCUUGCUGGAUCCGAAGGCUAUGUGUUUUUAUCAUGACGAGGCUUUGCUGCUCCGCGGCUUCCAUUUCGCGCUUCAGCGCUAGUUGGUGCUCCUCGUCUUGCUCCUGCAGGCGGCGCUCUCGUGCUUUUCGUCUCCUGUCCUCCUCGAGGAUGUCCUGUGGGGCUCCGACCAUGUCUGGCGGUUGAGGGCCGUCCUGUCUGUAGAAAAUGUCCUUGCAUCCGUUGGCCUUAAGGAUAUGUAAGAGGUCUGGUACAUAUUCUUUGGAACUCCUUUGAAGACCUUUGGAAAUAUACAUUGUAGGGGAAAAUAUGAAGCCGUCCUGAGAAUAAAAAUUCUUCUCAUCGUUAAUACGUCUCCAGAGCCCACUAGCUAGGAGUGCCUUUGUAACAUUCGUGCAGCCGGUUGGGUUGUCCAGGGCAUGCAUUAAUAGCGGCUUGUGACCUCUAUCAGAGAUAAGUUCAGCUUUUCCAGCCACGAGAAUAUCAAUCGUCUGUCUGAGUUUGCCAAAUGCUGUCGCUGAAUCUGCUGACGCGUUGAGGCAGAGCUCUGCCAACGCACUCCGACCAUCAUGAGCCAUCGAAGGGAAGUUAGGAUCAUGGCCAUACUCAAUGAGCAACUUGACGGCUUCAGAGUGCAAUUCACGCGAAGCUUCAUGUAUGCUUCCAUCAUCAACACCAGCAUUGGCGUUUAACAAGUGGUGCAUGGCUGCUACUUGGCCGCGUUUGCUGGCGUAAAAGAGUGGAGUGCGGCCAGACGUGUCGCAUAUAGAAACAUCAGCACCGUGUUGGAUGAGUGUGUGCACCAUGUCCGGUGUUCUCUCCAUCGUUGCGAUCAAUAGGGGGGUCUGAUGAGAACCAGUUGAUUGGAAGUUCGGGUUUGCUACCGAAGAAAAUGUUAGACAGAGAUCCAGAAACGAAUUCUAAAAAGAUUCCACCCUUACCUCCAUUCCUCAAUAGGCAAUCAAUAACAUAAGGACUGAUUUUCUGUUGCGGCUGAAGAAGAGCCCAUAGAAGAAGAGACACCUGCUCGUAUCCUUCUUUGGACUCGAUGACAUACGGGAUGGUUUGAUCAACAAGAAUAUCAGCUUUCAGCAAAGCUUCAAGAAUCUUGGUCCCACGCGGCCACUUUCUUAACGCUGCAAAUGUGACUGGUUCCUGUUGUGUCCCAUCAGCAUCAUACAUAUAGCGAUUUAAAUCUGGAAUGCCUCCGGGAAUUUGAGUGAACAUUUCGAUCAACUCAAGGGUAGUAUCUUCAGGCAAAUUUGAUGAAAGGAUAGUAGAGAAUGCUGCAGGUAGGUUUGCUGUUGAUUCAAUAGAGCCCAAAAGCAUUCGUACAA